ACGGCACAUGAAACAAAUAUUAAUGUGUCUUCUGUUGGGAGAAAAGACGCCAGUCAUUUCAUUAUCACUUCAAAUGGAAAUGACGUCAUCUAUAAGCACCGAAUUGUGGAUAUUUUAGAAUUAAAAAAUCUGACGUCAUCAACGGCAUAUCAGUUAAUGUUAUAUGCAGCAGUAAAUUUUUCACAGGGAUUUGAACUAAGUAGUAAUAAUUGCCAUUUCAAUGUUACUACGUAUCCUGUUUUGAACUGCACGGCUUUCAAGGUUGUCUUGAUUAAUGAAAGUUACAAACUCGAAUAUCCGGAGCAGUACCAUGCCCGACUAAACAGGAUCUUUGUGACAUGGUCUUCCAAUAUAAAGAAUAAAUCUUUUCCUUUAGAUAGAAAUAUAAUGAAUCUUACACUAAAGCCGGGAAUAACGUAUGAUUUCUCAGUCAUAGCAGAAGGAGUUUCUAAUCUUUGGACAAAUGAACCCUGUAAAUUCAGUAAAACAAUUGAAAUAGAAACUCCAAGAUGCAGUGAUUCUCUGGUUAAAGACGUUACAAAUGAUUCAGUGAUUUUAAACAUGACAAGUUGUAUAUCAAGAGGCAUUACUACAUUUCAAGUAGAUCUGGGUGAAACCCCUAUGAUUGAAAAUAGACAGGCUAUGCUUGUUAAUAGAACUGCUCAAAACAUAACAAUAGAUAAACUAAGGCCUGGAAUGACAUAUGACAUCACGAUUGCAGCGUUUGCGAAGGAAGCGUUGAAAUUUUCAAAAAAGUUUAAGCAAACAAUUUAUACAA